GCCUUAGGAACCUACGAUCAUGGUACAUGACUAGUUCUGGACUAAGUGGUGAGCUUCCAACUUCUCUAUCCAAUCUUACGGCCAUGCAAGUAUUGAUGAUGCCAGACAAUAAUUUUACAGGCAAAUUACCAGACUUCAUUGGAACUUGGCAAAACCUUAAUGAUUUGAGGAUACAAGGGAACUCCAUCAGUGGUCCAAUUCCUUCAAGUUUUUUCAAUCUCUACAACCUUAAUGAUUUACGCAUAGGAGAAGUAAUAAAUGGGAGUUCAUCACUGGCAUUUAUUAGGAAUAUGACAAAACUCAACACACUGAUCUUAAGGAAUGCCAAGAUUUCUGAUACUCUUCCAUCGGACUUUGCAUAUUAUACACAAUUACAGACAUUGGAUUUGAGCUUCAACAACAUCACAGGCAAUAUUCCAAUGUCUCUAUUUAGCAUGAGCAGUCUAAUUUUGUUAUUCCUUGGGAAUAAUAGCAUAACAGGCACAUUACCUGGAACAAAGAGCUCAACAUUGAGUAAUAUAGAUCUAUCAUACAAUCAAUUGUCAGGGAGCUUUCCAUAUUGGGUCAACAAUUCAAACAUAGUGCUGAACUUGGUUGCCAACAACUUUGUCAUAGACAAUUCCAAUAACAGUGUCUUACCUUCAGGAUUAGAGUGUCUUCAAAGAGACAUGCCAUGCCAUAGAGAUUUGCCAGCUUAUCAUCAAUUUGCAAUAAAUUGCGGUGGAGCUGAAAAUGUGACGAGUUCUGAUGGAACUAACUUUGAGAUAGAUAAUGCUAAUCUCGGUGCAUCAUCUUAUUUUGUGAAUAAUGUAAAAAAAUGGGCAAUAAGCAAUGCUGGAAGCUUUAUAGAUGCCUCAAAUCCUAAUGCAAAUUAUAUAAUUAGUACUCAGAUCCAAUCCCAGAACACACUUGAUUCAAAAUUAUUUGAGACUGCAAGGAUGUCACCAUCCUCAUUAAGAUACUAUGGCUUGGGACUUGAAAAUGGGAAUUACACAGUAAAAUUACAGUUCUCAGAGAUUGGAAUACCAGAUCAACCCACUUGGGCAAGCUUAGCUAGAAGGGUCUUUGACAUUUAUAUACAGGGCAUGCUUAAGGAGAAGGACUUUGAUAUAAAAAAGGAAGCUGGUGGGAAAUCUUUUACAGUAGUCUUAAAGGAGUACCAAGCUCAUGUAACAAACAACUUCCUAGAAGUACAUUUAUUUUGGGCAGGAAAGGGUUCAAAUUUUAUUCCUAGUUCAGGAUAUUAUGGGUCAUCCAUUUCUGCAAUCAGUGUAUCUCCUUAUGACUUCAUUCCAUCUGUGAGCAACAAACCCGUACAUUCCUCUUCAUCAAAUAAGAAUACAGCUCUAGUUGUAGGGAUUGUAUGUGGUGUUGUGGUUUUGGGACUUACCGUGUUUGCGAUACUAGUGUGGAAACAUAAACAAAAAAAUGUUAAGAAAGUUAAUGAAGAGUUGUUAGGAAUGACUGCCAAACCAAAUAUAUUCAGCUAUUCUGAAUUGAGAAUAGCAACUGAGGAUUUCAAACGGUCUAAUUUUCUCGGAGAGGGAGGAUUUGGACCUGUAUUCAAGGGUAAACUACAUGAUGGAAGAAUGGUGGCAGUAAAGCAACUAUCAAUAGCAUCUCAACAAGGGGAGAGACAAUUCACGGCAGAAAUAGCAACUAUAUCAGCAGUUCAACAUCGCAAUCUAGCUAAGUUGUAUGGUUGUUGCAUUGAGGGAGACAAAAGACUCUUGGUUUACGAGUACCUAAAAAAUAAGAGCUUGGAUCAAGCUAUUUUCAGGAAAAAGGAUUUGCAUCUUGACUGGGAAACACGCUUUGAGAUUUGUUUGGGAGUAGCAAGAGGCUUAGCCUAUCUUCAUGAGGAAUCAAGUGUGAGAAUUAUUCACAGGGAUGUAAAAUCUAGCAACAUUCUAUUAGAUGGAAAUCUUACCCCAAAGAUAUCAGAUUUUGGUUUGGCAAAGCUUUACAAUGAUAAGUGGACUCACAUUAGCACAAGAGUUGCAGGCACAAUAGGUUAUUUGGCACCUGAAUAUGCUAUGAGAGGACAUUUAACAGAAAAGGCAGAUGUCUUCGGUUUUGGAGUUGUUGCUCUUGAAAUUCUCAGUGGAAGGCGUAAUUCAGACCCCUCUCUAGAGGAAGAGAAAAGCUACUUACUUGAUUGGGCUUGGAAUUUAUACGAGCAGAAGCAUGAAUUGGAGUUGGUGGAUCCAAGUCUAUCAUCAUACAAUAGAGAUGAAGCUACUCGAGUAAUUGGCAUUUCUCUUUUAUGCAUCCAAGCAUCGCCAACAUUACGGCCGGCAAUGUCGACAGUGGUGGCCAUGUUGGCCGGAUUUAUCGAGGUUAAUGAGGUCACCUCAAGGCCUAGUUAUUUAACAGAAUGCCACUUUAAAGAUAUAAGCAGCAAUUUGGCUAGUGAUGAUUUUUGCAAAUCAACAGAACUGAGAGAGACGAAUAGCCAAGUUAACGUGCCAUCAAAUCAAGAUAAUGUGGAUCUGUGAUUUAAAUGGGGACUAAACCUUCAGCUAAUGCGCUGUUAAGGGAAAACUCUGUUGGGAAGGAAGAGGAUCCCACUUGUUGUAAGGUAAAACCAAUGUUCAUCAUUUAUAGUGUACAGAAAUUCACGCUUUCUUAAACAAUUGGUCAUCCUCCAUCACAUAGUUGCACGAAUCAUAAUGAAUUAUGAGCGGCUAUAUAAAUUCAAUGUCGCAUGUAGAGCUAUUUUUUUUUUGGGACAUUUAGGCCAUUUAAGGCAAACUCACACACACAACGCAUACACAUAGACUCGAACCUUGGACCUCUUAGUUGGAAGCUUAAGCUCUCAACCAAUAGGCCAAGGAGAGUUGUGUUUGUAGAGCUAAUUUAAAACGUAAAACAAAUACAAGCCAUUAAAAAACUAAGAAAAGGUGGGAAGAAUUUUCUCUACAUUUAGGGUUUAUUUGGGAUAAUUUUUAAAUAUAACAAUCAUAACUUUAUUUAGGUACUGGUUACUAGUAAUUUUUUUCAGAAAUUUUUUGUGGUGAAAAAUUAUUUUUUGGAGACCUUAGUAGCCAAGAUAUUUUCACUACAGUAAUAUAACAAUCCGUUGAACUCUGAAGUAUAAGACAACCAAAAUAAAAGAAAAUAAAAAUAAAUGC